AUGUACAAAUUUUUUGUAGUCGCCACCCUUUUGGCUACUGUCAGUGCCAUCCCAGCCGAUUACCAAGCAACUUCUUACGUAACUUUCAAUGACAACCACAAUUCCGUCAGUCAUAUCGAAUCUGCUGCUGCCCCUGUCUAUUCUGCACCAUCUCUAACUAAAGUAGCUGUUCCAGCUGCACCUGCAAAAUACCCUGCUUAUGCUGCUCCAGUUUACUCUACCGCUCCAGUCGCUUCAAUUUAUUCUGCUGCCCCUUCAGUUAGUAAAGUAGCUCUUCCCGUAGUUGCCAAAACUGCUGCCCCAGUAGCUAAAUAUGUUGCUGCUCCAGCCCACCACGAAGAAGAAUAUGAGAUAAUCCCAUACAAAUACGCCUAUGCUGUGCAAGACUCACAUACUGGUGACUACCACUCUCAAGAAGAAGUAAGUGAUGGACACCAUGUUUCUGGACAGUACUCUCUCCACGAAGCUGACGGUACCAUCAGAAUCGUAAAGUACUCUGAUGAUGGACAAGGUUUCAAUGCAGUAGUAGAAAAACAAGGAGAGCCAACUGCUGCACCAGUUGUUUACAAGAAAGACGUAGCCUCUUACUAUUAA